AAGAGCUUCGAUAGAAGGAUCAGGAAACAUCAGAGCUUUAGCAUGAUGGCCGGUCGCAUCUUGUUCUGCUGCUUCAUCCUCUCUCUGCAGGUUGGGAACAACAGAUCUAUAGAAGAAAUUGGACGUUACUAUUGGCUACCUGGAGAAGACCUUGACAUUACAUGCUACAAUCUCUCACCAGGACCACGGCGGAUUUUCUGUCAAGGAGAAAAUGUUCUUCUUAACACAACAUCUAAUAAAGCAGCAAGAGGAAGAAGCAGCAUUAAAUAUUCUGAAAGAGUUUGUGACAAGUCUUACAAUCUAACUGUAAGAGUCUCCAAUUUGACCCUUUCUGACUCAGGACUGUACAGAUGUGGACUGACUGAUUCUCCUUCUACAUUCAUAAAAUUCAAAGCUUUUGUUGCAGAAGAUCUGCUGGAUGGAAGCAAAGAUCAUCACCUCCAUAAAGAAGCUGGCAGCUCACUGACAGUCGCCUGUUCCUUCAAUUUCUCUGGAAAAACCAAAUAUUUCUGCAGAGGAGAAUGUGAAGAAGGAGAAAACAUUCUUGUUUACACCGAUGGAGUCAGAGCUCAGAGCAGCAGAUACAGCAUUGGACAUGGCAAACACAAAUCUUCAGCUGUUUUUUAUGUCACCAUUAAAAAUCUGACCACGUCUGACUCCGGACGAUACAGAUGCCUUUCAUAUUUAAGCUCUAGGAAAAAUUCAUAUGUGGAUUUUAACGUCUCCGUCUCCGAUGCAGUCUUCACUCCUGCAGCACCUCAGCUCCCAUCCAGCCACUAUGUUCCUGUGGUCGUUGGUGUGACUCUGGCUGCCAUGAUGGUUCUGAUCCCAGCAGUUCUGCUGGUUUCCUGCAGGAGAAGAUCUGUGAGAGAUUCAAGGAGGAGAGGAGACGAUGGAAUAAAGAUGGAGAACGUCGGAUAUAAGAACGUUUCCUCUCAGGACUCAACCUACCAGAAUCUCAGUCCUGCUACCACAGACCAGAACCAGAUCUACUCUACGCCCACACAGCCCUGAUAAGACCCUGGACUCAGGUUCUGGACUCGGGUUCUGGACUCUGGUUCUGGAUCUCAUGACUGCAGUUUGUUCAGUGAAUCUGAAACCAGAAGAAAGUUGGAUUUAGAAACUGAGCCUCAGUCUUUACUCUGUAUUUGCUUCAGCUGCUUUAUAAUCGCAGAUUAGAUUUUUUUAAAGUUGGAAUAUUUUUAAAGCUUUUAAACUUUUGUGAAGAUAAAUUGCUGAUUUGCUUGAAUUGAAAUUUUGCAGCAGAAAAACAAUUUUGUUUAAAAGUUUGUUUUUCUAUUUUCAUUGAUUUUUGCGUAUCCUUAAGAGCUGUUAGGUUGGACAGUGCAUGUGCAAUAACACCUUCACCAUAUUUAGCUGUAACAUAAGUUAAGCAGGAAGUACAAAUCAUAACACCAACUCCUUUAUAGAAGCUUUCAGUUCACCCAGCACUGUUCUGUCCUGUAGAGCCAUAAGCUUCACUCAGUUAACUCAACUUUAACUUGUUCUAAGAAAACUGCAGCAUCAUCAGUUGAUUUAAAACCAUAACUCAUGGUUUCAAAGUGCAGCACAAUUUUCCCUACUAUUACGGAUGGAAAGAGGUCUGUAAAACAAGUCCAGACCAUGUUUUACAGACCACUCAGUACUGGAGACUCAGUGACUCAGGGAGGCAAAAAAUACAAUAGAAAAGGUGAUUUCUCUGCUGCUGCGGUCGACCAAUCAGAUGUUUAGGUUUUAGGUUUUUAGUAACACACAA